AUGCCACCAAGUAGUUUACGAGUCGUCUACGCGUUCGCAAGAGAAAUGCAUCCAAAAACAAGCGAUGUUUUCAUUCAAUACGGAACUGCCGGAUUUCGCACAAAAGCUAAUCUUCUUGAACAUGUAGUCUACCGUAUGGGUCUGUUGGCUGUAAUUCGCUCAAGAGUUAAAAAUGGUCGCACAAUAGGUAUGAUGAUAACGGCAUCGCACAAUCUGGAGCCCGACAAUGGAGUGAAACUGGUCGAUCCCGAUGGUGAAAUGCUUGAACAGAGCUGGGAAGAGAUAGCCACCAGACUCGCUAAUGUCAGUGACAAUGACUUAGAAUCAACUACGGCAGAGAUCAUCAAGCAGGUCAACGCUGAUAUGUCACUCAAGGCCAGCGUCUUUAUCGGAAUGGACACAAGGUAUACCAGUCCUCGUCUCGCGGCUGCCGCUUCUAAUGGCGUGAUAGCUCUGAAGGGCACCCCGAAAGAGUUCGGCAUCGUCACAACACCGAUGUUGCAUUACUGCGUCAAAUGCCGGAACGAUAAUACAUAUGGAACACCCACUGAAGAAGGAUAUUACGAGAAAAUAGUGGGUGCGUUCAAGAAUAUUCGUCAGAAAUUACCGGUGUACGGCGAAUAUAACACGACUCUGUACGUAGACGGAGCGAACGGUGUAGGCGGCAAGAAACUGAAUAUUAUCAAAAAGAGUUUGGACGGGGAACUAGACUUGCAUCUAUACAACUUGGGCGGCAACGGUGGUAAAUUAAACCUUAAUUGCGGUGCAGAUUUCGUCAAGGUGUCACAAAAGCCGCCGGUGGGCGUCGAACAUGUGCCGUUCCAAAGAGUUGCCUCCCUGGAUGGCGAUGGUGAUAGAAUCGUUUACUAUUAUGUGGAUGAUAAAGACAACAUGAUCCUGCUAGACGGUGAUCGCAUAGCGACACUACUAGCUAGUUACGUGACGGAAUUGUUGAAAUCUGCUGACGCUACUGACUUGAAACUUGGUUUGGUACAGACAGCAUACGCCAACGGAGCUUCUACUAGAUAUAUCACCGAAGAAUUGAAAGUGCCAGUGAGUUGCGUGAAAACUGGCGUGAAGCACCUCCAUCACGCGGCGUUGUCAUUCGAUAUCGGCAUUUAUUUCGAAGCUAAUGGCCACGGCACGGUUGUAUACAGCGAAAAAGCCAAAAAAGCAAUCAAUAACAUAUCUAAAGACGGAGAACCAGAGCAACGGAAAGCUGCCCAACUUCUUCUUAACUUCAUCGAUAUGACCAAUGAAACAGUGGGCGAUGCUAUUUCGGACCUCUUCUUAGUAGAGACUAUUUUGUGUGCUAAGGGCAUUAACGUUAAACAAUGGUUGCAAACUUACACGGAUCUACCCAACAGGCAACUUAAAGUUACCGUAAAGGAUCGUAACGCGAUAUCGACCACGGAUGCUGAACGGCGUUGCACAAGUCCCGAGGGAUUGCAGACUCGUAUAGACGAAAUAGUUAGCACGUACAAGAGCGGCAGAUCGUUCGUGCGACCGUCCGGUACUGAAGAUGUGGUCAGAGUUUAUGCAGAGGCAGAUACACAAGAGUCUGCCGAUAAAUUAGCCGCUGAAGUUGCGAGGGCUGUAUUCGAUCUCGCCGGCGGCGUAGGCACUAGACCAGAGUUGCCAACGUAA